AUGGGUGUGAAUGAUUGCACUGAAAAUAAUGGUGGAUGUUCUGAACUCUGUCUUUCGACCCCCGAUCGGGCAGUUUGUGCAUGCAGAGAUGGAUUCGCUCUUGCCAAUGACAGACUGACAUGCACAGGUACUGCAAAUUAUUCCGAGCCCACUCGAUGUCGCAAAGGAGAGUUUGAAUGCGUUAAAAAUUUGAGAUGUAUUGAUGAAAGGUAUUUAUGUGAUGGUGACAACGAUUGUGGGGAUGGCUCUGAUGAGGAUUCAUCUGCUGGAGGAAAGUGUGAGAAAUUCCAAUGCCGUGUGGACCAAUAUCAGUGUGAUAACAAUCGCUGCAUAUCUAUUCAUUGGGUGUGUGACGGUGAACGUGAUUGCACUGACGGCUCUGAUGAAGAACCAAACAUUAAAUGUCGAAAUGCAACUUGCAGUUCUAGUAUGUUUACAUGUAAAGUUAGCGGACGUUGCAUUCCUACCAGCUGGACUUGCGAUUCGGAUCUUGAUUGUGGGAAUGAUGACAGCUCUGAUGAACAUGAUCAAUGCGUUUAUCCAGUAUGUGAGGGUAAUGAGUUUCGAUGUGAUAACCAGAGGUGUGUUCCCUUGGAUUAUGUUUGUGAUGGUGAUGAUGAUUGCCGGGACUUCAGUGACGAAAGAUUUUGUAAGCAGAAUAAAAUUUGCCACAAGGAUGAGUUUUUGUGCCAAGACGGCAUGUGCAUACCUAAUGCCUGGAAAUGUGAUAUGAAAUGGGAUUGCAUUGAUCGAAGUGAUGAACUUAAUUGCAUUAAUGUAACAUGUGCAGCAAAUGAACAUCUUUGUGCAUCUCAGGAUCAGUGUAUACCAGAAGGUUUUAUUUGUGAUGGGCAUAUUGACUGUGAAGAUAAAUCUGAUGAAAAAGAUUGUGGUAAGAUCUCGGAUAAUUUAUGUUCUUAA